AUGAUUUUCUUGGUCAUCUUUGAGCUCUUGACGUAUAUUCUUACAUGUACUUGUUAUGGUUGGUCUCUCUCUUGGGGAGCAAAAUUUUAUAAAGGGUGGAAUUCGCAGGAUUUGCGUACUGAUGGUCGUAAGCGAUUAACUUACCGGCCCAUCUCUGUAGAAACUGGUGUCAUUCCUCAGGCAAGUGGCUCAGCAGGAGUGAAGCUUGGGGCAACAGACGUUAUUGCAAGUGUGAAAGCUGAGCUUAGUAAGCCAAGUGCAUCUCAUCCUGAUAAGGGGAAGGUUUAUAUAUAUGUAGGAGCUGGGAUUGAUCUCUCAUCUCUAUCCAUUGUUGAAGGAAAGAUCUGUUGGGAUUUGUAUAUACACAGUCUCGUUGUCAGCUCAGAUGGUAAUAUACUCGAUGCCCUGGGAGCAGCCAUCAAGGCAGCCCUAAGCAAUACCGUUAUUCUAAAAGUCCAAGUUGCUGUUAAUGCCCCUUCUGACGAGCAACCGGAGGUUGAUUUGAGUGACGAGGAAUUUCUACAAUUUGACACAUCUGGGGUUCCUGUUGUUGGGAGGCAUUACAUUGUAGAUGCAACUACAGAGGAGGAAUCCCAAAUGAGUUUGGCUAUCUCGGUUUCUAUAAAUAGGCAAGGACAGAUACUGGACAUGAUAUCUGUUGCUAAACAUGUGAGUGAGCAGUUGAUGAACAAAUUGGAUUCGGAAAUAGCUGCAGCCGAGGCCUACGAUGAGGGUGAUGAUAACAUGGACUUUGAUGAAGAGAUACUUCAUAUAUCACGAUUGUUGGAUAAAAAUGUGGAUAAAUGGUCUCAAGCUGAUAGUACCACUAUAAAGAGGAGCAGUGGAGAGCAAGAAGAUGAAAAGCCUGAGAAAGAGAGAUUCACUGUGAAGGAGAAAACAUUGUCAAUAAAAAACAAUGAACAGAAUAAGAAAACAAAUUGCAUAGGAGUCAUGGCUGUCCCGUUGCUCGACAAGAAGAUUGUUAAGAAGCGCGUGAAGAAGUUCAAGAGGCACCAGAGUGAUCGAUUUGUUUCCGUUAAGGAAAACUGGCGCAGGCCCAAAGGUAUUGAUUCUCGUGUCAGGAGGAAGUUCAAAGGAUGCACUCUUAUGCCAAACAUUGGCUAUGGCUCGGACAAAAAAACCCGCCAUUACCUACCCAAUGGGUUCAAGAAGUUUGUUGUGCACAACGUGAAAGAACUAGAGGUCCUGAUGAUGCACAACAGAAAGGGUUUAGCGGGCGAAUUUUUGUUGCGUAUCUAUUGCUUUAACGGCAAUCUUAUUUCAUUUGAACUUUGCAAAUGA